UUCAAAGCGAUAGCUGACCCUUGCUCUCCAGUGUGUGUUGAUCGAGUCCCGAAACUUUCCAAGAAGCCUGAACAGAUCUUGAGUGAGCUGAACAACUGAAGGAUUUUGACUGCGCAUUCAAGCGCAAGACCAGCAGAUCUCCCGAUCGAUUUGACGGGAGUGGACGAAACUUUGGAGCACGUUUUUGUAGCAAUGACGAGUGAGCUGACAAGGUCCGUUUCUGUAUACCAUAGGCGGGACGGUGCUCUCGAGGUUUAUGAUCGCGAGACAACGAAUCUGAUUCUCGAUGCAGCCGCGCGAGGUGCGGCGUCCGUGAGGUCCACUAAGUUACCUGGUCGUCCAGUGUUCGACCUACAUACUAUGAAGCAACGAAAGUCUUGUUCCAUCGAAGAAGAAGACAUAGUGAUUGAAGUUUCGUGGAGUCCGGAUAGCUUCAAAGACGCGCAAGCUGUCAGCGGGAAUGCCUCUUUCUGUAACAUGAUUCUGAGGUCGGCCAUACUCUGGAUCAGCGAGGAGAAGUCGCUAAGCAAAAUUUUGGACUUGAAGGGGGUACCGCCUCGCAGAAUACGCCCAAAUCCAUACUUGCGCCGGGGCUGUUGGCCUUUGGACAGUUUUAUUUCUUCUCUCGAGACAGCAAAGGAGAUAUACGAUGCAGCUCUACAGCUGGCGAGCGACCCUACGUUCAGUGCCGUACAUUGGCUUGAAUCAAAUGAUCUCUAUGUAGUCUUCCAUGGUACUAAUCACAGUGUUAUGGACAACAUACUACUAACAGGGCUGCUUCCACGUUUUCGUAAGUCGGCGUCGGAUGGGAAAGAUUGGUUUGGCGUAGAUUUUACUACGAGUCUGAAGUACUCGCGAUGUAAAACUAAAUUCUUGUCAGGUCAUCGUAGGGAGUAUAAGCUUCUCCUGUUUAUGGUCUUGCGUCCUGAUGCCCACUCUGCUGGCGUGAUGACGAGUUCUGAUGUUCACAAGCAGCUUCCUCUCGCCGAACUUACCCUGCUCUGAGUGGGUGUAGCAAGAGACAGGUUUGCCAGGGCAAUCUGGUGCGGCCAGCUGUGGUGAAUUGGGAGUGAAAGAAUCAGUGCUUUGAUGGUGCUUUGACGCAUGUCAAUGGCGAUGACGAUGAUUGUUCUUAGUCACCGAGACUUCAGUAUGUUAUUCUGUUCCCCCACAGCAAGCGAGGAAGGGAAACUGCCUACACUUCUCUGCGGCUGAUUCGCAAUGAGCAAACGUGAUCUCCUGUUACGCAUUGCGCUAUUACAGCUAUGUGCAUGUACAUGAAUGCUUAUCAGAAAUAAUAGGAAUCUCCUUUCUUCCGCCACU